UCUAGCUUUUUUUUUUUUUGUCCUUUUUUCCUUUUACCUUCAGGCGAACCCAGCUCGCAGGUUUGUGAUGAACCCAGGCGCCUGAGUUCAUUGCGAACCUAGGAUGAACCCAGCUUGCGAGACUGGGUUCGCAACUGGGUUGGCAGUGAACCCAGCUCGUGUGAUUGGGUUGGCAAUGAACCCAGCUCGCGCCUGGGUUUGUGACAUACCCAGACGCAAGCUGGGUUCUCAAUCUCUGCCAAGUCGCAAACUCAGUGCCGUCGCGAAUCCAUGCUCCUGGGUUCGUCGCGAAUCCACGCUCCUGGGUUCGUCGCGAACCCACGAGCUGGGUUCAUCACGACGAACCCACGAGCUGGGUUCAUUGCGACGACCCCACGAGCUAGUUUCAGCCAUCUCCGCUGUGCCUCAAGCUGCCACUUUGUUUUUAGUCAAUUCUUGUUGUUUGGUCAUCGAAAAAGCCCCAAUCGGCACCGUCCUUUUGCCUCCCCGCCGAUCAAAUUAUUCCUAGCAUAAAUAAGAUCAAAGCUUGCUCCUUGCUUUGAUUUUCAGGUAAACUUGUUCAAUUCUUUAGUACUUUUAGAUUUUCUGUUUUUUGGGUUUGAUCUUAAGAUGGAUUUUGGUUUUUUUGGCCAUGCAGAUUGGUUUCAUUGGUUUAAUUUGUUUGUAACUUUUUGUGUUAUCUUUGUGAGUUUGGGAUUUGUUUGUUGGGUUGGAUCUUAAGAUGGGUUGUGUGUUUUUUGGCCAUACUGGAUUUAUUGGUUUUUGUUAGUUUUGUCAGUUUUGUUUGUCAUUUUUGGCUUCAUUUAUAUAAGUUUUUUUUCACUGAGUUGCUUGUAAUUUUUGUUUUGAUGGAUGGUGUUAUGGUAUUGAUGAAAAGUAUUCUUAAAAAGUUAUUGAAUUGGUACCACAUGGUCCACUAAUUAAUAAGGAGGAAUAAAGAAAUAAAUAAUUUUAGAGAUUUAUUAAUAAAAAAAAGGUAAUACAAAAUAAAGAACUCUAUAAGAAAAGACAAGGUUUUCCUCAUCUUACGUGUGCUUGUGCUUGUGUUGUAUGUGUAUUAUGCAUUUUUUUCUUGUAUUUUUACUUUUCAUAAAGGAGAUAUAAUGAAAUUGAACUAGAUAA